CGCUCGUCGCCAAAUCGGCGUUGCGGGCCGGCGCCUGUCCACUCCGGAUUUCUGUGCUGUGCCUUUAUGACUAAGGUCUCUUACUUAGAAUACCUUUGCCUUGGACACUUGAAGACAGCCCAAACAUAAAGCAGAGUGGUAUAGUGGCCAUGAAACAGCCUAACAGGAAAAGGAAACUAGGUAUGGAUUCCAAGGAGCAUUUGGAUCAAGAUGGAUGCAUGGAGCAAGCUGAAGAAGAAAAGAAACCCAGGGAUGGCGUGACCCUUUUGAGUCAUGCCCCUUCAGUGGAUGAACAGGAAGUGUGGUCUUGGGAGCAGUACCUGAAAGAACAGAAGGCUAUCGCAGCGCCUGUGGAACUAUUUUCCAAGGAUCAAUCCUUUCCAGAGCAUGAAAAUGGCUUUGAGAUUGGAAUGAGAUUAGAGGGCAUUGAUCCUCGACACCCGUCUGUAUUCUGUGUGCUUUCUGUAGCUGAGGUGUGUGGGUACCGUCUAAGGCUUCAUUUUGAUGGUUAUUUAAGCUGCUAUGAUUUUUGGACCAAUGCUGGUUCCCCUGACAUUCAUCCAGUAGGAUGGUGUGAAAAGACCAAACAUGAACUGCAUAUCCCUAAAGGUUAUAGAAGAGAUAAAUUUGUUUGGAUGGAUUACUUGAAGGCUUGCAAAUUACAAAAUGCUCCCAAGAAAUUGUUCAGAAACAGAAGUUCUAAUGGGCCAGUGCCAAAGGACUUUCAGGUUGGAAUGAAGCUGGAGGCUGUCGACAGAAAGAACCCUUCCUUGGUGUGUGUGGCGACCAUAGCAGAUAUUGUCGAAGAUCGCUUACUAGUGCAUUUUGACAAUUGGGAUGAUAGUUACGAUUACUGGUGUGAUGUUAAUAGUCCUUAUGUCCAGCCAGCUGGUUGGUGUCAGCAGAAUGGAAGAACUCUGAUAGCACCCCAAGGUUAUCCUGAUCCAGACCAUUUUUCCUGGACAGAAUAUCUGGAAGCUACUCAAGCUAAUGCAGUUCCUGCCAAAGUUUUUAAAAUGAGAUUGCCUCAUGGUUUUCUGCCAAAUAUGAAACUUGAAGUUGUAGAUAAACGAAACCCCAGGUUGAUUCGUGUUGCUACAAUUAUAGAAGUUGAUGACCAAAGACUAAAGGUCCAUUUUGAUGGUUGGGACCAUAAGUAUGACUACUGGAUGGAUGCGGACAGCCCUGACAUCCACCCAAUUGGAUGGUGUGAUGUAACAGGGCAUCCACUGGAAGUGCCAUACCGAGCAAAUGAUGUGAAAGUCCUUCCAGGUCAAGCUGUUUGUCCUACUCCAGGGUGCCGAGGAAUAGGCCAUAUCCGUGGUCCACGUUAUUCAGGACAUCACAGCGCUUUUGGCUGCCCGUACUCGGACAUGAACUUGAAAAAGGAGGCAACACUUCAGGAUCGUCUGAGAGAACAAGCACAGGCAAAUUUGGAAUCAGACUGUUCACAUUCAAAAUCAAAAAACCUCUGUAGUUUAAACUUCAUUGGGAAUCAUGAAAAGGUGAACAGCCAGCCCAGACUUGUACAGCAGGCAAAGUGUUUGAAAAUCAAAGGAAAAGAAGAUAUUGACUUGGAUAAUCUCUUCAGAGUUUUAAUUAGCCACCCUGCAGGCCUGAAAUUCUCAGUGGAGCAGACGCAGCAGGCACUUCACCAGUCGGUCUUCAUGUCAUCUCUGUCGGCCCACCCUUUCCGGGACCUUCCCCUGGGCAGGGAACAGCACUGCAAGCUGCUUCCAGGCGUGGCUGACAUCCAGGCAAGCCAAGUGGCCCGAUGGACAGUGGAUGAGGUGGCUGAGUUUGUGCAGUCUCUUCUGGGCUGUGAAGAGCAUGCCAAGUGUUUUAAGAAAGAGCAGAUUGAUGGCAAAGCCUUCCUGCUUCUGACUCAGACAGACAUCGUCAAAGUGAUGAAGAUCAAGCUGGGACCAGCACUGAAGAUUUACAAUUCUAUCCUGAUGUUCAGGAAUUCCCAGGAUCUCACUGAAGAAGAUACCGCCUCAGGCCAAGGAGUCCAGGGAUAAGCAUCCUCCCUCAACUUCCGCUGGCACCAGGACCUGGGCUCUUUCAGCAAUAAAAUUGGCACACAUCAACUUGAUUUUCAUGUCCCCAUGUUCAGUCCAUACUUAAUCUGGACCUUUUAAUGUGUCUAUGGUUUAUAUGUUUAGAGGAUUUUGACAUCUACUCAAGUGCCAACAACUCUGAACCUUCGGCACGUGCUUGGGUUUACGAACAUCGCUAUCUUUGGUGGGAACCCUUUCAGCUCUGAUGUGUUGCAACAAACAGACCAAAGAAGCCCACAUAUACACCUUCAUUCUUUUCCCUCACCAUAAAAGAAACCAUUUUCCAUUUUACAAGACUAAAACUCUCAAGUGGCAAAAUACUAGAAAAACAGUACUCAAAAAUACAUUGUUAAUGUUUCCAUCAGAACAACAUCUGAGCUUGGCUCAGAGCCAUCUGAGAGCAGGGAGUCUAUAGAGAUAGAGGCCUGGUGCUUUAAAAAGCCUUUAUGUGAGAUUUUUGUGUACUUUACUCAGGAAAGUGUGAAUCUUAAUAAUAAUAAUAAUAAUAAAAGCACAUGUUUUCAUGGUUCAUUAAUUCUCCUUUUUGUUCCAUUAACCAUUUCUUGGUUGUGCCCCCACAUUUUCCUGGAGCAUACAAAAAAGAAUGUGCCCAGGAUUAAUGAGAAGGCAGUCAGGGACAUUUCCGGGCUGGUGAAACCUUAACAAGGACCCUCCACCAGCAGCAGACUCUCAAGGGACCCUACCCUAACCUUGCGCUGAGACUCUCCCAGUCUCCACUCUGAAGGGAAUUCUAGGAGGAUUGAUUUCUCCAGCCAUCUGUGUGAGUCUGAGUAAUAAGGAGCUCUGUUACAUGUGAGACCUUGUGUACAUCUUUACAAACAGACCAUUAAAAAGGAAGAUCUCUAAAGAAUGGAACUGGAUAUGUAUUCUUUAAUUGAAAAAUUCUGAUUUGUUAUCAGAUCUUUUUUUUUUUUUUAAAGAUUCUAUCGAGGGCUUAAGUUGUGUGGAGUGACUUCACAAGACAAGUACCUCUUUUUUUAUUCUUACUGCAAUUACAUGUAGUAAGAGCUACCAAUGCUCUCAUGGAAGUAGAGAUCCAUUAUAUUUGGGUGGGGAGAGAAAGAGAAUGGAUU